CAUGGCUGGGUGAUGUUACCAGCGAGCGCUGCUGGAAUCUGGAGAGGAAGAUCUUAUUUUACUUAUGAUCGAACUCUCGAAAUGUUAUAUCGUCUCUCUUUUUACAGAAAAACUCAUCGGAAUGUGCCCCGGUGAAUAAAUAAAAUUCGUAUCCUCACAUAUCUGGACGUGACCUUGUGUAGGAGCAUCGGGUGAUCUGCUUUGAGCAUGACACAAAGAGGGAGUUUAACAGCAGUAAAAAGCCUGCUUGGUUUGGUUCUGGGUGCGGGGAUCUCUUACUGUGUUUACAGGAUGAUAUUUGCUAAAGAGAAGAAGAAAUCCCCAGCAGGAGCUCAGAGAGAGAGCAAAAGGAGCUUACUUGAUAAAGUGUCAGGGUUGUCUGUGCUGACCCAGGUCAAAGCAAGAGCUACAGUGGAACCAGAUAAUAUUCCAAUAUCUGCUAGUGAUCUAGAACCUCAUCACAUCAAAAAACUUCUCAGACUUCUGGUAACCAAUACAGACUCUGCAAUUCGAGAAAAAGUCUUGAUCACUCUCUGUAACAGUGCUGCCUUCACGGUAAAUCAAGAUAUCAUUAGAAAUUUGGAUGGCAUUAAGGUUAUCGGCGCAGCUAUUUCAGAUUCUAAUCCACAAAUAAAAGUCAAAGCGCUAAAUGCUUUGAACAACUUGAGUAUGAACCUAGCAAAUCAGGAACAGAUAAAGGAAUACCUCGGUGAGAUAUGUACAUCUGUGCAGUCCUCACCAUUAAACUCUGAAGUACAGUUGGCUGGUCUCAGGCUGGUAAUUAAUAUGUCUGUCACUAAUAAUUACCAUAAGCAGAUUGCAGACUUCAUCUCCUGCUUCCUUAGUUUGUUGGUGGAUGGAAACCAAACUACUCAGGUUCACACUUUAAAGGUUCUUGUCAACCUGUCUGCAAACCCCUCCAUGACAAAAUGUCUACUUACAACAAAGGCACCACGGCAUAUGACCUCUCUCUUUGACAGCUGCAUAAACAGUGACAUUCUCGUCAGAGCGCUGACAUUUGCAGUAAACCUUUCUGAGAAUUCUGGAAAUGAGCUGCAUUGUGGUGGACAAUUUGAUUAUGACGAGGACUCUUUGUUUGUGCUGCUAUUCAGAGAUACAGACCAGCUCCAGAAGAAUUUACCAGCUUUAUUUCAGCAUCCGGAUAUGGAAGUAAAAGCUCAAGUUGCCAGACUUCUGAUAAAGCCAUUAGACCUGAAACGAUAAUGAACAAACUAAAUCAGUGUAUCUAUGAAGUUUGCAAAUCCAGGCAACAUAACUCAAGUCCAUACUGUAUUUUUGGCAUAUAAGAUGUUCCAGCGUUUUGUAAGGAAAAUUUUCUUUUUUUUGGUCAGAUUUUACCUUGCUCAGCAUAUACCUCUAUAUCCCAUGAGAUCUUGUAUUUUUAAUAUAUACUUUCAUAAGCUUUUCGUCUUGAAGUCUAAGCAAUAUUAUCAAAUGUUUUUGCAAAUGAUUCCUAAAUUGUCUAUCACCCCAAAAUCAAGUUAUAAUGUCGUACUCACUAAAUUGUAUGAUUAGAGGGCAGAAUAAAUAAAAAAAGAAAGCCUAUUGCAAGUA